UGGACAUUAACCUAACAUUUAAAUUUUCAUUCAUGUUUUGCAUUUAAAAAAAAAAAGUAUAAUUAUUUAUAAACAAUAAUAAAUAAUAACCAUAUAUUUGAACUUUUACCUCCCUCUCUCUGAAGAAUAAUUGCAAAUCAUUAAAAUGUUUUAAGUUUAUUACGCGGAUCUGACAUACUUAAUUGGGAAAAAAAUGCCAGCACUACAUCAAAAUUUGAACGCCUUUUUAGGUGCCGCUGUUUUGGGGGUAAUUGGGGCUGCUGGAAUGUUUUUGGUGGAGCACUACAGACAGGAAAGAAUGCGGAACGCUAUGGCUAAAGAUCUGGCAAGGCUCGAGAGAGAAAUGGCAAAGAUAAAGCUGGAUUUGCAACAGUUACAGGCACAGAAGAGUGAGAGGCCAAUCAGACCAAAAAGAACCCAUAAAAGUAAUACCAAAAAAGCCAACUCGAUUAUUUCCAAUACAACAGAUGAUUAUUUGAGUGCUGCCAAUCUAGAUAGUUCGGAUUUAGAAUUUUAUGACGUGACUGAUGAGGAAAAUACCGAACCUGAGAAUGGCAGCCCUUCAGAUUUAGAUUUGAUUUUAAAUCAUCUGGAUGUAAAACUCAACACGGGUACUAUUGAAGACAUAGAAGAGGCUUUGCAUACAUUAGAAGAUCUUUGUUUAGAGAAUCCUGGUAAUUUUGAGUUGCUUUACAGGAUAGGUAAAGCCCAUCAUAAAAUUGCUGAUGCCAGUGAUGAUAAAGAUUUUGUCAAUCUAAGAUUAACCAAAGGUAUUGAAGCUUGCGAAUCAGCUUUAUCCAUAGCUCCAGAAAAUUCUGAAGUCCACAAAUGGUUUGCAGUAUUGAUAGGCAGCAAAAGUGACUUGGUGUCAAUCCAGGAAAGAAUCAAAUAUGGCCACACAUUUAAAAAACACGUUGACAUUGCCAUUUCGAUUAAUCCUGGAGAUUAUUCUUUGCACCAUAUGCUUGGCAGGUUCGAUUUUGAAGUAGCAGGAUUAAAAUGGUAUGAAAAAAAAGUAGCUUCAGCAUUUUUUGGGGAGCCUCCAACUGCUACUUAUGAAGAAGCAUGUUCACAUCUUCUAGCAGCUGAAAAGCUAGCUCCCUUUGAAUGGAAAGACAAUAAAUUGAUGAUAGCUAAAUGUAAAAUUGCAAUGGGCGAAUAUGAAGAAGCUGUGGGGUGGCUAGAGAAGGCCAUUAACAGUCAUGGGACUAGUCUGGAUGAAAAAGUGGACAUUGAAAUUAACACUUUAUUAGAAAAAUACAGAUAGUUUAUCUUCUAGUGUAAUGAUGUCAACUUUGGUAAAAAUAAUUUAAAAAAAUCAAACAACUGUCUGGGACAGUUUUCCAACCUAGAUUAACUUUGUUUUAUACCUACAUGUCUAUGUAGAAAAAUUGACUUCAAUGUUUCAAAUUUGAUAUUUUUUCACUUGCAAUUUGUGGUGUUUGUUUUAGGUGUUUCUGUGGUGCAAAUGUUUAUUUUAUUUUAGUAAAGACUGAACUGACUCUUAGCUGUAGUUAUAUAGUUAGGUUAUGGUAGAAAAUAAAUUUAUUUUUGCUCAAAAUAAAUUGUUCAAGUUUGAAAUUAUAUGUAUUUGUAACAUGUUUUUAAAUGUUAAUUGUUUCUUGUUUUUUAACUGAAAUAUUCGCCUUGACAUUUUAUUAAAUUUUUUAACACGUUCAUUCCAAUUUUAAAACUUUUAUAAUCAAGUAUGGUUUUAAAUAAAUACUGUAAAAUCAGUUUGAAAUUGUUUUAUUUCAUUUUGUUGCCCUGAAAUCAAACAUUUAAGAAUGUACCUAUGUGUACAUUUGAAAAGUCCUAUUCAGAUUAGAACAAUAAUUCUAAAAUAUUUGAAGAUUUCUUACAACUUGCGCAUUUUACACAAAUUCUGUAAAGGCAACAUCGUUAUCUCAUUCUUUAUUUUAACAACGCCUUCGUGUACGUCAAUUGAGAGAAGUUCUCCUGUUUGUUCUCGUUCUUCACCGAUGAUAACCUAA